CAUAUUAGCACCACUAUCACCCAUUACAGAACCAGACACUGCAAUGGCAACUCUUACAAGCCUGAACCUCUCAACUCCAACAAGAUCAGUCUUAUUAGCCAAGGCUACAGAUGCACCAAAGGCUCAACCAAUCUUCAAGUUAAACAACAGUCCAUGGAAGAGAGCAAGCUACCAAAUGGGAUUUUCUCAGCGGAUGCAAAUCAAACCGCUAGUCGUUAGAGCAGCGCCCGAUAGUAUAUCUGAAAAGGUGGAAGAGAGCAUCAAAAACGCUCAGGAAACUUGCGGAGAUGACCCAGUUAGCGGAGAAUGCGUAGCAGCGUGGGAUACUGUGGAAGAACUGAGUGCAGCUGCGAGCCAUGCGAGAGACAAGGCUAAGGAGAACAGUGACCCUUUGGAGAAGUACUGCAAAGACAAUCCUGAGACUGAUGAGUGUCGUACUUACGAGGAUUGAAAUUGAAGUAUUGAAUUACUGCUUUUCUUUAGUUUCUUAGUUAUUAAUUAAUUGUGUGUUUCAUGUUUGAAUUUGGAUCCGUAAUUUGAUUAUGGUGGAUUAUUUAUAUAUCAUGGUGUUAUCAGCAGAUACAUAUAUACCAUACCAUCUCUCAAGAUAAAUUGAUAAUUAUCUCUUAUCAGUA